AUGGCUUCCCGUCCUCAGAACAUCGGCAUCAAGGCCAUUGAGAUUUACUUCCCUAGCCAGUAUGUCGAGCAAUCCGAGCUUGAGACCUUCGACGGUGUCAGCGCCGGCAAGUACACGAUCGGUCUUGGCCAGACCAAGAUGGCCUUCUGUGACGACCGCGAGGACAUUUACUCUUUCGCUCUGACCGUCACCUCCAACCUGCUCAAGAAGUACAACAUCGACCCCAACUCCGUCGGUCGCCUCGAGGUCGGCACUGAGACCAUUCUGGACAAGUCAAAGUCCGUCAAGACCGUGCUCAUGCAGCUUUUCGGCGACAACACCAACAUUGAGGGUGUCGACACCGUCAACGCCUGCUACGGAGGCACCAACGCUUUCUUCAACUCCGUCAACUGGAUCGAGUCCUCCGCCUGGGACGGCCGCGAUGCCAUUGUCGUCGCCGGCGACAUUGCCCUCUAUGCCAAGGGCAACGCCCGCCCCACUGGUGGUGCCGGUGCCGUCGCCAUGCUCGUCGGUCCCAACGCCCCCCUCGUCGUGGAGCCCGGUCUGCGCGGCACCUACAUGCAGCACGCCUACGACUUCUACAAGCCCGACUUGACCAGCGAGUACCCCUACGUCGACGGCCACUACUCCCUUACCUGCUACACCAAGGCCCUGGACGCCGCCUACCGCGAGUACAACAAGCGCGAGGCCAAGCUCAGCGGCGAAGAUGCCAAGCCCUCUCUCGACCGCUUCGACUACCUUGCUUUCCACGCUCCCAACUGCAAGCUCGUCCAGAAGUCGUACGGCCGUCUGCUGUACCACGACUACCUUGCCGAUGCCGACGCCCCCGCCUUCGCCGAGGUCGCCCCCGAGCUGCGCGACAUGGAGUACGAGAAGUCCCUGGUCGACAAGAGUGUCGAGAAGGCCUUCAUGGCCCUCACCAAGAAGAAGUACCAGGAGAGAGUGACCCCCGGUAUCCAGGUCGCCACUCUCUGCGGUAACAUGUACUGCGGCAGCGUCUGGGGCGGUAUUGCCAGCUUGCUCUCUUACGUCGACUCCGCUACCCUUAACGGCAAGCGCAUCGCCGCCUUCAGCUACGGCUCCGGUCUGGCUGCCAGCUUCUUCUCCUUCCGCGUCAACGGAGACGUCGCUCCCCUCGCCAAGGUCCUCGACCUCCCCACCAGACUGGAUGCUCGCCGCAAGGUGGCCCCCGAGACCUACGACUCUAUGUGCGACCUCCGCAAGCAGGCUCACCUCCAGAAGGGCUUCACCCCCAAGGGUGACGCUUCUACCGUCACCCCCGGCACCUACUACCUCGAGAACAUUGACGAGAUGUUCAAGCGAUCCUACAGCGUCAAGGCAUAG